GGGAAUGAGGUAGAAAAUAGUGAAAAUGCGUAUUAAGUUAUUGAACAAUUGUAUUGUCCCACUCCUGACCAAAUGGUGGCAGCAGUGUACCAACAUAGGUUGCCAGCCACCGCAAAAACACAAAAAGAACGUGACCUGCUAUCGGAGAUGGUAAACACGGAAAUUUUGUACACGCGCCAACAGCCUAGCCCGUUUGAUAACAACAGACGCGUAUAAAAAGCGAGAUGAGUGAGAGCUGAGGACGAAGAUGUCGGUAAACUAUCCCACACCGCUUUACUCGCACGCUGGUCGAGGAGAGUUCGCGGAUGUUUACGAACCAGCAGAAGAUUCUUUCUUGUUGAUCGACGCUCUGGAAAAAGAUGCAGAGAAGCUGCAGCUGAUGAACCCGUGUAUAUGCGUGGAAGUGGGCAGUGGAUCAGGUGUGGUGUCCGCUUUCCUGGCGUCAGUAGUAGGCUCUUCAGCUUUCUACCUGUGCACUGACGUGAACCCUGCAGCAGCACUGUGCACAGCACACACCGCUUCUUUCAACAGUGUCUCACUGCAACCUGUCAUCACAGACCUGGUGAGAUCACAGCUUCCCAGUCUGAAUGGAAAAGUUGACGUCCUUAUCUUCAACCCUCCCUACGUGGUCACGCCGUCUGACGAGGUCAGGAGCACCGGUAUUCAGGCUGCGUGGGCCGGUGGGAGGAGGGGCAGAGAGGUGACGGACAGAUUUCUACCAGUGGUGUCACAGUUGCUGUCCCCUGAGGGGCUAUUUUACCUCAUUACCAUCGCAGAAAACGACCCCGAGGAGAUCAUUUGUUUAUUGGGGAAGCACGGACUGAGGGGAGAGUCAUGUUUGUCCACACGGGCAGGAAACGAGAGGUUGUCCGUGCUGCGGUUCCACAGGAACUGACAAUCCUGAACUCCUGACAGAACACCCACUGAGAGGAUCAGUGACCUGAGAAAGAUGCAGCUGGAUGUCAGACACAGAACAUGUUAGGAUGUUUGAUUGCUGACAAAGUAGAAAACACUUGAGGUCAUGCACUGAAUAUUUUGUGCAAACUGGUAUUUGCACAGUGGACAAAAAACAUGAAGCAACCUUUGAUGUACUGGGGGGAAAAAAAUGAUGCUAAAGAACUGUCUUCAGUACAAACAGAAAUCAAAGUGAUUCACAAUAAACCAGGCAUUCUCAGACAGGGUCAGUGAGCGACCCCUGGUGGUCAGUGACUGAAAUCACAUUUUAAGUUAUGUUUACAGGAGAAGUGAUUCUCAGUUUAAAAACACCAUAGACUGCCAAUAUGUAUGAUUUUCAGCAUGAACUCGUUUACAAAUUGUUUUUGGAUAUUUGGGUUUUGUUUUUAAACUGGUUAAGUUGUCCUUGGUGUGAGAAACACACCAAUAAACCAGCAUGUAAUAUUUCACACAGA